AUGCAUUUUUCUCUCAUUGCUGUCUGUAGUCUUUUGACUGCGGCAAUUGCUGCUCCAACAGCCAACUCAAAGCGCCAGGUCGUCCAUGAGCGCCGAGAGAGAAUGCCAGCCCAGUGGAAGAGAAGUGCAAAGAUACAUGGCGAUUCACAUUUGCCAAUGCGAAUUGCGCUCACCCAAAGCAACUUGGAUCGAGCCGACGAAUUCCUCAUGGACGUCUCUCAUCCAGAGUCUCCUAAUUACGGCAAACAUUGGUCUGCGAAGCAGGUGGCAGAGGCGUUUGCCCCAAGCCAGGAGAGCUACUCAUCUGUCCUCGAUUGGCUUGCCGAACACGGGAUUUCGGCAGAGCGUGUCAAGCAAUCCCAGAGUCUGAGUUGGCUGCAUUUUGAUGCAACAGUCUCCGAAGCAGAGGGUCUAUUAAGCACUCAGUACUUUGAGUACACGCAUGAGAGUACUGGCCAGCCUCACGUUGCCUGCGAAGAGUACAGCCUGCCUGAAGAUAUCAAGAAACACAUUGACUUCAUUACUCCAACAGUACAUUUCGAUGCCAAAGUUGAAAAUCCCAAGAAGCGCCGUACAUUGAGCGAGGACGAAAUCACCAUCGCAAAACGCCAGACAUCUACCACAGGUCAUAAUGUGGUACCAGGAAUCGGACAUUCUAUCGGAUCUCCCGGCGACAAGUCUCUUCCUAAGAGCGGUGGCAAGAUCUCGAACCUCAUUAAUGAAUUGGAGAAUUGCGAUGUGUCCAUUGUUCCGGAUUGUCUUCGUGCAUUGUACGAAUUCCCUCCCAACUUCCCUCUGAGUUCUAAGAACUCGUACGGAAUUGUGGAAUAUACCCCGCAAGCAUACCUCCCGGGCGAUUUGGACAUGUUUUUCAGGAACUUCUCUCCAUCUCAGGUGGGACAACGACCAAUCUUUGAUUCUAUCGAUGGCGGGCUUCUUCAAACUGAGGUCGAAUCCUUUAAUUACAACGGAGAAUCUGAUCUUGACCUAGAAUAUGGCAUGACUCUCGUCUACCCUCAAAAGGUCACCUUAUAUCAAGUCGGCGAUCUCCUUGAAGGAGCGUCGUUCAACAACUUCCUCGAUGCAAUCGAUGGAAGCUACUGUACGUACGAUGGCGGCGACGACCCAACUCAGGACGGUGUCUACCCAGAUCCGUACGGCACUGGCUAUGGAGUAUACAAGGGACCUGAGAAUUGCGGUGGAUUUGCUGCGACCAAAGUCAUCUCGACAUCAUACGCAUACAACGAGGCAGAUCUCACGCCGUUCUAUGAGAUGCGUCAAUGCAAUGAGUAUUUGAAACUCGGGCUUCAAGGAGUGACUUUCUUGUACUCGUCAGGAGACUACGGGGUCGCUGGGAAUGGUGGCCAGUGUAUUGACCCCAUAACUGGAGUUUACAAUAACGGCACUUCGGGAAUGUUCAACCCAUCUUUUCCGGGUACCUGUCCAUACAUCACCUCCGUCGGCGCGACUCAAGUCAAACCCGGUGCCUCUGUGACCCAACCCGAAGAAGCAGCCGAAAGCGUAAUCUAUUCAGGCGGCGGUUUCUCCAACGUCUUCGCAGUCCCAGACUACCAGAAAUCAGCAAUCAAAACUUACUUCGCCCAACACAAGCCUCCCUAUACCUCCGCUCAGUACAAUACCUCCCAAACAUCCCGCGGUCUCCCUGAUGUCUCAGCCAAUGGCGUCAACUACGUGAUAGCUAUCGACGGCGAAUUCGAGUACGUCUACGGAACAAGUGCCAGUUCCCCGACCUUUGGGAGUAUCAUGACGCUUGUCAAUGCCGCGAGGUUAAAUGUGGGGAAGAGUUCGGUAGGGUUUAUCAACCCAACGAUUUAUAAGUAUCCGCAGAUCUUUAAUGAUAUUACUUCUGGGGGAAACCAGGGAUGUGGUACCCCGGGGUUCACGGCGGUUAGUGGGUGGGAUCCUGUGACGGGACUAGGGACUCCAAACUUCCCCAAGAUGCUCGCAACUUGGCUUCUGUUGCCAUGAUCGGGAGCUUUGGGGCAGAUGCGGAGUAAUCUGUGAAGCAAUGAUAUGGAAUGGGCAACAAUACCUUCUACCAACGAAUUGUGGACUAUGUAAUUCAAUUAUUCAAGAGCAUCAAACAUUUACAUAUCCCAUCCAAAUCCA